AUGAAAAUGCUCUUUCUUUUUGCUGUUCUCUUCUGUUUGGUCCAAACUAACUCAGGAGAUGUUCCACUUGGGAUUAGAAAUACUAUCUGCCUUUUACAACAUGGGACCUGCAGACUUUUUUUCUGUCGUUCUGGUGAGAAAAAGGGUGACAUCUGCUCUGAUCCCUGGAAUAGGUGCUGUACAACAGAGGAGAUCAAAAAAGAGAAAUCAGAAAUAAAUGACUAG